CUUAUUGAACUCGCCAUUACUUUUUUGGGAGGAGAUUCUGAAAAUAAAAUUAAAAUCAGACCUCCUGGCGCAAUGCAUCAAGCACGGUGGAUGGCAAGAGCUAUUUACUCUUUAAAGAUUUGUUGCUGCAGUCUCAGUUUAAAAUGAAUGUCAAGGACGAACAAGCGCUUAAAGAUGUUUGUUUAUUCCUUGUGACAGUUUAUGUAAAGCCCUGGCUUGGAUGCUGUUUAGCAGUAAAAGCGCCGAAUCAAGAUUUGCGUUUUUUAAAGACCCUGAAAGGUUACAAAAGAGUUGACAAUUUGAUUUCCAAAGCCGCUUUGAGCAAAUUCAGUCAACACCUAUGGUAUUUAUCAGAGGAAGUAACCCUCCUAUCAGUUUUUGACGACGAAGUUGAUAAACAAACCAAGCAGAACAUUGUGGCAAACUUACAAAGAGAAAGCUUUGGGGAUUCAAGAAAGAGAUAUGUUCCAUCGAAGGAUGAGAUGUCGGUCUCUUUAUAUGAAAAAUCGUUGAGUGAUUUCAUAUCUGUUAAGAGCAAAAAUAUAUUUUCGAGAUUUAAAGUUGACAGCAGUUUCCUUCAGGCAAAUGUAUCUUCGUGGGAAGUAAAUGCCGCCUAUGUGGAAGCUAAAAAGAAGUUGUUGGGCUUAAAAGCAGUAAAUGACACAGCUGAGAGAUCUGUUAAACUAAUGCAAGACUUUCAUGGUUUGAUAACCGCAGACGAAGAACAAAAGCAGUUCCUAUUACGCUGUGUGCAAGAACAUAGAAAGAUGUAUCCAUAUUGUAAAAAAGAGACUUUAAAAAAGAAAAUGUCCUAA